AUGAAUGCUGGAUCACACUAUUGCUACACUGGUAAAGAUGAAUAUGAGGAGAUGGAAAUAGAGAAUGAAAUUGUAAAUUUACAAGAUGAUACUCUGACCGAUCCAUUCGGACUACCACUACAACAACAACCACAACAACAAAUACCAGUGCCAUACGGACAACCACAACUCCAAUCUCUAUUUGGACAACCACAACAACAACAACAACAACAACAACAACAACAACAACAACAACAACCAUUUCUAUUUGGACAACCACAACAACAACAACAAAGAAUAUAUUUUGGACAACAACCACAAUAUAAUCCAUUUGCACAACCGCAACCACAACCACAACCACAAUAUCUAUUUGGAAAGCCACAACAACAAAGAGUAGCUCAAAAAGAAAAGAAAUUAGUAAAGAAAGCCAAUACCAAUAUUUUAAAUAUUAAUUUGGGUACUCUUUCCAAUGAACCAACCAUAGCAACUGGUGAUCCAUUGCACUGUAAGGGUUGUGAUGUCAUCUACAGUCACAUCAAUAACUUCACAGAGAUAAAGAAUGCCGAUGGUUCCACCAGCAAGAACAUAGCAACCGGUGGAGGUGUCAAAGAUGGAGUGUGGACUUGUGAGUUCUGCGGUGAGCCAACUCCAUUCAAUUUGCACGACCAAGAGAUUCCAAAGUCAAACAUCAUUGACUAUGUAAUCGAGCCAGCUCCCAUUACCAAAAACAACAACAAUAAUUUCAAUCAAAACACUCCAACCGUUGAAGUCAACCAAGAUUCCUCACUCGUUGUAUUCUGUUUGGAUAUCUCUGGAAGUAUGCAACGUACCUACAACCUACCACAGCCGGUCUAUCAUCACGGUGCCAAAUCCAAGAGUUUCGACAUCUCACGUCUUCAAUGUGUACAAUACGGUAUCGAAUCACAAUUGGAAGCACUUGCGAAAGACUUUCCAAACCGUCGUGUUGCUAUCAUUGCUUUCAAUGCCAACGUAUUGAUUAUCGGUGAUGGCACCCAGAAGCCUAUUACCAUAUCAGGUGACGAUUUGCACAAUGCCGAGAAAUUGAUUGCACACGGUGCCCAGCACACUCUGAAUAAACCGAUUACCAAGACCAGAUCGAUGCUCUUGAAGAAAGUACUCGCCAUGUAUGCUGACGGUAACACUGCACUCGGUCCAGCUAUUGCAGUUGCCGUCGGUAUGACUGCUGCCGUCCCAGGUUCCACCAUCGUCGUUGCAACCGACGGUCUCAGUAACGCCGGUAUCGGUUCUCUAGAAGGUUGGAAAUCUUUGGAAUCUGCCAAAUUCUACAAUGAGAUCGGUGAAAUCGCCAAGAAGAACGGUACCACUGUCUCGGUUCUCACCAUCAAGGGAACCGACACCAAGUUGGAACAAAUCGGUCAGCUUGCCGAGAUGACCAAUGGAACUGUAGAUAUCGUUGAUCCACUAAAGAUUAAAGAAGAAUUCAAAGCUGCUUUGGAACUCCCAAUACUUGCAACACAUUGCUCCAUUAAAGUUAGAUUGCAUCGUGGUCUCUACAUUUCAGAUCCACUGGCACCGACUGUCAAUCAAUCUUCAAUCUCCAAAGAGGUUGGUAAUGUCAACCGAGAGACUAUCAUAGCAUUCGAUUAUGGUACCAUCCCCGAUAGAGUAAUAGAUGAAUCACUAAAGUCAUUGCCAUUCCAGUUGCAAAUCACCUAUACCACACUGAAAGGAAUGAAGUGUUUGCGUGUGAUGACAAUGACACAGGAAACCACCAAAGAACAAAAGUUGGCUGAGGAACACGCCAAGAUCGAAGAGAUCGGUAUCAACAUGGUUCAAAACAGCUCAAAGACAGCUGCCACCGGUGAUUACAACAAAUCACGUGCUCAAAACAUGCAGUCUGCCAACAUGAUGAAACGUAUCGUUCAUCAACAGCAACAACAAAUGCAAUCUCCAGUCAUCAAUCAACAACAACAACAAUAUUUCCAACAACAACAACAAAGUGCACAAGUUUGGUUACAACAAGCACAAACUCUCGAAACAACACUCACCACCAACAUCCAGAAAGAAUCAUUCAACUCCAAUCUCUCUGAAGAAGAUCGUUAUCGUCAACGUCAAUCACAGAGAAACGAUGAAACUGCCACCAUGCUGUUCAACAUGAAACAAAUGAAUUCACGUAAAGCAAGAAACAAUGACAAAUCAGUGGUUCUAUCGAUCUUUUCCAUCAUUGAUAUUUGGAGAAGUAUUCAAUCAAAUAUUAUCAGUUUAAGUUCAUUGUUUGUAGACUAUAGUAAUUGUGGGUGUUUGGUAACAUCGGUUAUCGAUGGAUCAGAACAAAAAGUAGAUGUGCCUUUGGAUGAACAAGAAAAUAUUAACCUCUACAGUGGAAAGAAAGAAUUUUCAUCAAUAACCAAAUUGGUAUACGCAAUACAAAUGGAAAGAUUCAAUAUAUUGCUCAAUCCCGACCAUGCUCCAGGAGUGAUCAAGGAAUGA